AUGUGGAAUGAUGACACUUUCUGGGAACAGCUAUGGUCUCCCGACAACAUUCAUAGUGUUAAUGAUGUUUUUGCCAUGAUCCCUGCUGAUGAUAUUAGAAAGCUGAGAGAGGACUCACCAAAGAAUCUAGCCACCUUAUGUUACAAAACAUUGGAGAAGUUACAGCAUGCUAGAGAUCAUCCAAAUGAAUGUGGAAAGAAGGUUAUUAAUUGCGAUCGACUGUUAACGAGCUAUAUUGCGCCUGACAUGUUGAAGAUGCGGAGUGGAGAGGCUAUUACUGGGCUUCGAUACCUACCGGAGAUUGCCGGCAGAGGCCAAUGGGCAAGUUGUACUUCUGGUAUUCUUGGUGAUAUCUCCUAUUUUGUCCAGGAUUCACUGUUGGAGGCGUCAAGAGAACCUCUUGUUGAGGUCGCUCUACAGGUGCUGAUCGUGUGCCUGGACAAGGAUAAUCAACCACAAGCCGAUGAAACCGGUUACUCAGACAAUUACUUCAUAAACUAUUUGGGAAGAAUUCAUCGUGAAGAAGAUUUCGAUUUUAUGUUGAAGGGGAUGACGAGAUUACUUAGUAAUCCACUGCAGUCCACAUACCUUCCAAACUCUGCUAAGAAGAUUAACUUCCAUCAAGAAUUGCUGGUUUUAUUAUGGAAAUGUUGCGAAUAUAACCAGAAAUUCAUGUUCUAUGUACUGAAAACGUCGGAUGUGCUCGAGAUUCUCGUGCCAAUUUUGUAUCAUAUUACUGAGUCAAGAAAUGAUCCGACACGCGUCGGUCUGAUCCAUAUGGGUGUGUUCCUCGUGCUGCUUCUUAGCGGAGAAAGGAAUUUCGGUGUACGCCUCAAUAAGCCCUACAUAGCCAAAGCCGCGAUUGAUAUUCAGGCAUUUACUGGAACUCAUGCGGACCUAUUGAUAAUCGUACGUUUUUGGUUUUCCACAAGUUGA